AUGAAGAUAAGGCCGCGUGGCAACAGACCAAGGCCAGGACAUCACCUUCAGCUGCUCCUAGUCUACCGUAACUCUUUCAUGUCUGCCGCUGCAACAUUGUCUUCUCCACGCAUAUCCCAAUACAUUUACAUAACGAACCCUACCCCAAGAUGUGAAGCAGAGAACCCAGAUGCUGAGAAUAUUAUGCAGUUAGUGAUUUGCCGAGGGCUGUGGGAGCGAGGCUGGGCAAACAAAGCACUCGCAGGGUUUCGUGGGAGGGGGGCCGGCCCAAACCGGUUCUGCUAA